GAACGUCGACUAUGGACUGUCCUAAAAGUCUUAAUAAUUGAUUGAUUUAGUGACCGGGGAGUGAUUGAUAAACCAAAUACGACGAGGCUUUUUUGAGGAAUAGUCAUUCGAAGGGCCCGAAAAUCGCAAAAUUGCCAACACUGGGGCUGGGGUGAAAGGAAAAGCGUGAAAUUGGGUGCGAAAUGGACGUCGAGAGGAAGAUGUGAAUGAUGCUAACCUGCUGUGGAGGAUCAACUCCUCCAGUUUCACACUGCGGUCAAGCCAGCUUCCACUCGUAAAGUAGCAGUCAAGCCAGCCGCCCCUAAUUUUGUUCAUACUAGGCAUUACGGUAAUAGGUCGCCAACUCCCGGCGAAGCUGCCCACACAGACAAAGUCGGCGACGACUGCCGCCGGCCGGGGCUGUCAAGAACCACAAGCGCGCCCUUCUCAGUGUUCGGGACGACGACGACAGGAUUUAACUUUCCUUCUCGUCCUUUUGACCUCAUUCUGUGGACUCGUUUCCGCCACCGUGACAGCUCCUCUUAGGAUGACCCCGGUGCGCCGGUAGCCCUUCGCAAUGCCAAGAUGGCGCCCCUGCUCCCAACCCCAGGCGCAGACGCAUUCCACCUCUUCACCCGGGAAUCGCUGGCAGAGAUCGAGAGGCUCCAAGCGGAAAGGCGAAACAAGGCAGCCCGAGUAGACGGACAUGACGAGGAGGAGGAGGCGGCGGCCCCCAAUGCCGACUUGGAAGCGGGCAAGAAUCUGCCAUGGAUUUACGGAGACCCUCCGACAGAGUUGGUCAACACGCCGUUGGAGGACCUGGACCCCUUCUACAAGGCUCAGAAGACAUUCAUCGUGCUGAGCAAAGGCAACACCAUUUACAGGUUCAACGCGGAGCCGGCGUGCUACCUCCUGAGCCCCUUCAGUGGCUUAAGAAGAGGAGCCAUCAAAAUCCUCAUACAUUCAUUAUUUAGCAUGUUCAUCAUGAUCACCAUUCUGUCCAAUUGCGUGUUCAUGACCAUGAGCAACCCGCCGGCAUGGAGUAAAAAUGUCGAGUACGCUUUUACUGGGAUUUACACUUUUGAGGCCACCGUCAAAGUGUUGUCCAGAGGCUUCUGUAUUGGCUCGUUUACAUUCCUUCGAGACCCGUGGAACUGGCUGGAUUUCAUGGUGAUCAGCAUGGCAUACAUCACUGAGUUCAUCGACCUUGGUAACGUGUCCGCCCUCAGGACCUUCCGUGUGCUCCGAGCCCUUAAAACCAUUACUGUGAUUCCUGGUCUGAAAACCAUCGUGGGUGCGCUGAUCCAGUCGGUGAAGAAAAUGGUGGACGUAAUGGUCCUGACGGUCUUCGCUCUGGCUGUGUUCGCCCUGGUCGGUCUGCAGUUGUUCAUGGGCAACUUGCGGCACAAGUGCGUGCGCUGGCCCAUCCAUGGCAACGACACUGGCGAUUGGUUCAACGUCACCGACCUGGCGACGCCUUUCAACCACACCGUCGGCGUCAACGGGAGCGAUUAUUCCAACAGCACCUUCAUUUUCACAGAGUACAUCGAGAACUCAGAGAACUACUACUUCCUAGAAGGCAGCAAAGAUCCACUUGUAUGUGGGAACAGUUCUGAUGCUGGAGUCUGCCCUGAAGGCUUCACUUGCAUGAAGGCCGGCGGGAACCCAGAUUACGGCUACACCAGCUUUGACUCAUUCGGCUGGGCCUUCCUGGCGCUUUUUAGACUCAUGACCCAGGACUACUGGGAGAACCUUUUCCAGAUGAUCCUGCGGGCGGCGGGCAAAACGUACAUGCUCUUCUUCGUGGUGGUGAUCUUUCUGGGCUCCUUCUACCUCAUCAACCUCAUCCUGGCGGUGGUGGCCAUGGCGUACGAUGAGCAGAACCAGGCUACGCUGCGCGAGGCCAAGGAGAAGGAGGAAGAGUUCCAGCGCGUCCUUGAGCAGCUCAAGAGCCAGGAGCAGGCUCACUGUCCUGAAAGUGAAGAAUCUCUGAACAGCGGCAAGUCGCCAAGUCGCCACUUGGCUUCUGAGCUGAGCCUGGAGCGCAACAAAGCCGUCAAAGACUGUAACGGCAAGAUGGUCCCAAGCCUUGUGGUGCGAUCGCCCACCUUGGAUGAGUCUGCUGCAGACAAAGAACUCCGGGAGAGAUCUCCAGGAAUGCUUCAUCCAGACGAGCUUCAUUCGGAUGAGCAGGGCCAGAGGCAGAGGUCUACUAGCGCCAUGGAAGGGUUGGAGCACGCUCACAGGCCAUGUCCGCCGGGCUGGUACAAGUUUGCUGACAUUUUCCUCAAGUGGAACUGCUGUGAGCCAUGGGUGGCCCUCAAAAAGUGGUUAUACGUCAUUGUGAUGGACCCCUUCUUCGACCUGGCUAUCACCAUUUGUAUCGUGCUCAACACGCUCUUCAUGGCCAUGGAGCACUACCCCAUGACCAAAGAGUUUGACAACAUGCUCUCCGUGGGCAACCUGGUUUUCACUGGGAUCUUCACGGCGGAGAUGUUCUUAAAGCUCAUCGCCAUGGACCCCUACUACUACUUCCAAGUGGGCUGGAACAUUUUCGACAGCAUCAUCGUCACUCUCAGCCUGGCUGAGUUGGGCCUGGCGAACGUCCAAGGGCUCUCGGUCCUACGCUCCUUCCGUCUGCUUCGCAUCUUCAAGCUGGCUAAGUCCUGGCCCACGCUCAACAUGCUGAUCAAGAUCAUAGGGAACUCGGUGGGCGCCCUGGGCAACCUGACGCUGGUGCUGGCCAUCAUCGUCUUCAUCUUCGCCGUGGUGGGCAUGCAGCUCUUCGGCAAGAACUACAAGGAAUGCGUGUGCAAGAUCUCCGAUGAGUGCGAGCUGCCGCGCUGGCACAUGAACGACUUUUUCCACGCUUUCCUCAUCGUCUUCCGCAUCCUGUGCGGCGAAUGGAUCGAGACCAUGUGGGACUGCAUGGAGGUGUCCGGCGCUGGGAUGUGUCUCAUCGUCUUCAUGAUGGUCAUGGUCAUUGGGAAUCUCGUGGUGCUGAACCUCUUCCUGGCGCUGCUGCUCAGCUCAUUCAGCGGUGAUAACCUAUCGACGGUGGAGGACGACGGCGAGCUGAACAACCUCCAAAUCGCCGUCGGGAGAAUCACGCGAGGCAUUGACUGGCUCAAGACGGCCGUCGCCGAAAUGCCUCAGAGGAUAGUCGACAAUAAACCCAAGGCGACCGAGGACGCCAACGCGGAGGCGUUUGAGAUGAACGACUUGGACCCUGGUGGAGAUGUCAGAAAGGCAGACGGGAUCGCAAACUGUUUGUCACCGGGACGUGCUUCGGGGGCCAUUUUGGAUGGAGAGCUUGCUCUUAGUGUCCCCAUCGCUCAGGGAGAGUCAGACUUUGAAGACCCAGACGAUGACGACCACGACUACGACUCCAAUGUCUCCACUUGUGGAAAUAGCCUUCAUGAUGGUGAAAGCCUAGAAGACGAGAUAGGUCUUUUAAGAGAAGUCAAACUAAUGGGUGUGGCAAGCGAUGAUGGCGACGUGUCGCUGUGCAGCACGGCGGACUAUCAGCCGCCAGAUCCUGAACCAGUGGAAGAGGAGGAGGAAGAGCCGGAGCCAGUGGAGCCAGAAGCUUGCUUCACUGACAACUGCGUGCGGCGCUGGCCUUGUCUCACCGAAGAUGUGGGCACGAUCGGAGGCAAGCGAUGGUGGAAUCUGCGCAGGACCUGCUUCGCCAUCGUGGAGCAUGACUGGUUUGAAACCUUCAUCAUUUUCAUGAUCCUGCUGAGCAGCGGCGCUCUGGCUUUUGAAGACAUUUACAUCGAGCGGCGGCGAAUCAUCAAAAUUAUCCUGGAGUAUGCUGAUAAAGUUUUCACCUUCAUCUUUGUGAUGGAGAUGGUUCUGAAAUGGACAGCGUACGGCUUCAAGACCUACUUCACCAAUGCCUGGUGCUGGCUGGACUUUUUCAUUGUUGAUAUUUCUCUGAUUAGUUUGGUGGCCAACUGGUUGGGUUACUCCGACCUGGGGCCCAUCAAAUCCCUCCGAACUCUGAGGGCGCUGAGGCCUUUACGUGCCCUCUCCAGAUUUGAAGGCAUGAGGGUGGUGGUGAACGCGCUGGUCGGUGCCAUCCCGUCCAUUUUCAACGUGCUCCUAGUGUGUCUCAUCUUCUGGCUCAUCUUCAGCAUCAUGGGCGUCACCAUGUUCGCCGGCAAAUUCUACCGCUGCAUCAACACCACCUCGGCGGAGCGCUUUCCCGCUGCCGAAAUCAACAACCGCAGCGAGUGCCUGGCCCUGCAGGAGGCCACGGGGGAGGCCCGCUGGGUUAAUGUCAAGGUCAACUACGACAAUGUGGGGAAGGGCUACUUGUCGCUGCUCCAAGUGGCAACCUUUAAAGGCUGGAUGGACAUUAUGUAUGCUGCUGUUGACUCAAGAGAGGUGGAGGAGCAGCCAUCGUACGAGAUCAACCUGUACAUGUACAUCUACUUUGUCAUCUUCAUCAUCUUCGGCUCCUUCUUCACGCUCAACCUCUUCAUCGGCGUCAUCAUUGACAACUUCAACCAGCAAAAGAAAAAGUUGGGAGAUAAGGACAUCUUCAUGACGGAAGAGCAGAAGAAGUACUAUGAAGCCAUGAAGAAACUUGGUUCCAAGAAACCGCAGAAGCCAAUUCCACGUCCCACCAACUUCCUCCAGGGCCUGGUGUUUGACCUCAUUAGUCAGCAGUUCUUUGACAUAUUCAUCAUGGUGCUCAUCUGCCUCAACAUGGUGACCAUGAUGGUGGAGACGGACAACCAGAGCCCUGAGAAGGAGGAGUUCCUCUUCAAAGUCAACCUGGCCUUCAUUGCGGUCUUCACCAGCGAGUGCGUACUGAAGCUCUUUGCUUUGCGCCAGUACUUCUUCACCAACGGUUGGAACAUAUUCGACUUUAUCGUCGUCAUCGUCUCCAUCGCUGGCACAAUGCUGUCGGACCUGAUCGAGAAGUACUUUGUGUCACCGACCCUCUUCCGCGUGAUCCGUCUGGCCAGGAUUGGUCGCAUCCUGCGUCUCAUUAAAGGAGCUAAAGGCAUCCGGACACUCCUCUUCGCCCUGAUGAUGUCGCUCCCCGCCCUCUUCAACAUCGGCCUGUUGCUCUUCCUCAUAAUGUUCAUCUUCUCCAUCUUCGCCAUGUCCAACUUCGCCUAUGUCAAGAAAGAGGCGGGCAUCGAUGACAUCUUCAACUUCGAGACGUUUGGCGGGAGCAUCAUUUGCCUCUUCCAGAUCACCACGUCGGCCGGCUGGGAUGGGCUCCUGCUUCCGAUGCUCAACAGGGAGCCCCCCGACUGCGAUCCCGACUUCGAGAACCCCGGCACAGACGUGAGGGGGAACUGCGGCAGUCCGGGCAUGGGCAUGAUGUUCUUCAGCAGCUACAUCAUCAUCUCCUUCCUGGUGGUAGUCAACAUGUACAUCGCCAUCAUCCUGGAGAACUUUAACGUGGCGCAGGAGGAGAGCAGCGAUGCGCUGUGCGAGGAGGACUUUGAGAUGUUCAACGAGACAUGGGAGAAGUUUGACACGGAUGGAACCAUGUUCAUUGAGUACACCCGCCUCUCAGACUUUUGUGACACGCUGCAGGAGCCACUGAGGGUUGCCAAGCCCAACCGCCUUCGCCUGAUCCAUAUGGACCUACCGCUGGUCAUCGGCGACCGCAUCCACUGCCUGGACGUCUUGAUGGCCGUCACGGAGAUGGUCCUGGGAGACACGCUGGAAAUGGCGGCCAUGCGGGAGAGUAUCAAGACCAAAUUCCUCCAGAGCAACCCCACCUCGGACUCCUUCGCGCCCAUAACCACCACCGUACGCCACAAGGAGGAGAAUUGGGCCACCACCGUCAUCCAGCGGGCCUACCGUAGCCACCUGCUGCGGCGCGGCCUCCGCCAUGCAGCCUUCCUGUACCGCUCCAAGAGGGGAGCUUCCCAGGACCCGGUGGAGAGGGAGGGACUGAUUGUGUGCAAAAUGGGAGCUCUAUAUGGCAGCCUCGCUGACCUCCCCGAGGAGAAGGCAUCGCCAGAAACCCGACCUGGUCCUGUUGCUCCUGGGUCGAGUGUCAUAGCAGUACCUGUGGAAAUCACGAAUGAGGUGGUACUACAUUCUGCCCCCGAGCCAGAUCGAGCCCUCGGCAACUUUCAAGAACACCUCAGGGAGUCGCUUGUGUAACCAAAACAGUUUCGUGUACUAUUUUUGCCCCGUAGGAUCUCCAGUUGCACUUGUUUUUUCAACUGCAUUUUGUUGCCAUUUUUACCAUGAAGAUUUAGAUCCUUCUUUAAAACUCGAACAAAUGUUUUGAGGAAUGCAAGAAAGCUUGCUAGUAGUCUUGGAGUUCUCCAGAGAAGUCUUAAGAUGACAUUUGGGAGUCUCAGCAUCAAUUGCUUUUAACUUGGUCUUGACUUAAAACAUCAUAGGCUCUUUUACACAGAGAUCCUGCAAAACAGCAGCAUCAGACACAAUUGCUUUCAACACAACAUGGCGCAAGAAGUGAGUGUCUGGUGUUAAACAUCACAUUUCUGUCCAUUAUGUGACUUAUUUUUUGCAAGCUGUCAUUAACCUAAAGUUUUGCAGAGAGAUUCCGCAAAAUUGCUGUAAAGUGCUGUAACAGCUGAUCCAGUGUUUAUCAGCUUGUGCCUGUUAUACAGAACCCAGCAAACUGGAAUGUUACAGUGACACAGCAUCACAUGGUGUGACAUAUAAAGUAUUUGUCUGACAGCAACAAUUGUUUUAAACCAAAAAGAAUUAUU